GGUGCCAGAGGGUAGAGAGGAGCGCAGAUCCACAUCCAUCUGUCACCCACUCGGUUCCAGCUCACGCCUCCUGUCCGGAUACCAGCACCACAACCUCCAGGAAAAUGUCUGCCCCAGCCGCUGGAGCCCCUGCAGAUGGCCCUCCCAACCUCACAAGCAACCGCCGUCUGCAGCAGACACAGGCACAAGUGGAUGAGGUGGUGGAUAUCAUGCGUGUAAACGUAGACAAGGUUCUGGAGCGUGAUCAGAAGCUCUCAGAACUGGACGACAGGGCUGAUGCCCUGCAGGCUGGAGCAUCUCAGUUUGAGACCAGCGCUGCAAAACUGAAGAAUAAAUACUGGUGGAAGAACGCCAAGAUGAUGAUUAUCCUGGGUGUGAUAUGCGUGAUUGUCCUCAUCGUCAUUAUUGUGUACUUCAGCACCUAAGAAGAGUCGGUCCUACCCCAGUCUGAUCCCAACUUCCUUGCUACAAAAAAAAGAGAAAACCCUCAAAUUGAUGAAAAAUUUAACCACAGAUAAUUAAUUUACUAUAUAUAUGUAUCUGUCCCUGAUUAGCCUCGAUAUAACACCCCUAAACCCUUCAGGGCCCCAUUGCUCCCCCCACAUCCACCACCUCCCCCUCUGGACCCCUGUCAAUAUUUGUCCUUGUGAGUGUGUGGCCCUGUCUCCUUUCUGGGUCCUCUUGGCUUUUCUAACCUGCCAUACCGAGAACCAAACACUUGUGACGAUGCAACAGAAAAGGAAACAACGAUUGGCGAUAAUUGUUACAUAACUGAUAUAUAUAGUUCUUUGUAGAGUUUUAUUCUGAUAUAUAUACUGUUUUGUAGGUGUGUGUGUGUGCGUAUGUGUGUGUGCAUUUUGUAUUUUUUAAUUUUUUGUAUUAAUUUUAUGUAUGCUUCAGCGUUAACUACUGCCUAUUAAUCAAAGUGUGCAUCUUGCAUGUUAUCAUCAUCUGUCCAUCCUCCCGGCUUCUUCUUCUCUCUCUCUCUCUCUUUGGUGUAUUUUUGCACAGUGGAGUAAGUCUCCUUUUAAUGAAAUACAAAAAUUCAUUUUCACCUUCAUCUGUGUUAGGCAUGUCCACUACGACAGCUCAAAAUGAGCCGGAGGAUUAAAAAUCAUGAAGUUACAGAAAUUUGAGCUACAAAACUGCCCUUAAAAGCUUCAGCUUAAAAGCUUCAGGUUUCUGUAACUUGAUGCCUUCAGAAAUCCAAGUCUUAGCUUCCUUUGUGGCUUUCUCAGAAAGUUAUUGCUCAUCGAUAUUGAUCAACCACAAAAAUCAUGCAUGAAUUGUUAAACCCUAAUCCCCAGUUAUCAUCAUUUCCGGUCCUUCUCAUUACUUUCACUUCUCUUUAUACUUUUCUUUGGCAACAUCUGUAAUAACUUUCAUCUCAAGUCACAGCUGCAGAUCUUCUGUUUCCCAGCAUGCUUGAACACCUCGAUUUCCUCUAAUAAUUUCAAAACUGCCAUAGUACAGAUGGACCAAUGUCUGUAGAUGUUUGUUUUUUAUUUCAAUAUUACGUAGUGUCUUAUUUCGAAAAACAUUCCUUCAUUGCAGUCUAGUGCAAAUGCUCUUACUGUAGCACAUGUAAGUGUAAGUAUCUUUAAAAAAAAAAAAAUACAUGCAAUGAAACUUGUGUCGAAAACGUUGGUCAUACAAACCAUAGGAGAAAAACAAUGUUAUAGUUAAUAGCUGUAAGGGUUAGUUAUGGAUAGACAGGAUUAGACUUUCAGUCUGUCCAAAUGAUUAUUAUUUUUUUCUAAUAUCGUUGAUGUUAUCUUAACAUUGCACUUGCAGUAUACUGUGGAGAUGUCAUUCAUGUCAGAAGGUGGAUAUGUGCUUACAAAACUAUUCUAAUGCCAGGGGAUAAAAUGGGGCCAUUGCAUAAAUUGACAUUAGUUGAUUAAGUUUCAUAAAACACAGGUUAAUUCUCACAGGCCUAUGUCGACACUGAAAAGCCUUAGCUUCCAGUCACUUCUGUUAGUUACUGUGGUAUAUUCCCGGUCAGACACACCCUCGCACUUUCAGUUUGUGUAAGGGAGUGGCUGACGGCAGAGGGAAAAAAAGGAAUCUGAUUAAAAUGCACAAAUGCAACCUUGUUUUUGAUGGCGCUGUCUGGCUGGUCAAUAGCCUGGCCAAAGCAGAUCCUCCUGCAGCAAAACCUGAAGAGCACAUUUAAACUAAAGAGAGACACAGCCUUAUUUGCAAAUCCAGGGACAGAGGCUAAAUGAGGAAUAAAGGUUGAUUUCCAGUUGAGUUUUAGUUUCAGCAGUUUGCUAACUUUGGGGUAAGUUAGUGCCAGGAAACGUGAGAAGCAAUUCUUUAGAAAAAAACAAGAUAAAGUAGCCAUCCUAAGAAGAGUGUUUUGCUAGUGCAGCGGUUCUGUCUCAGUGUUUCUCCCUCUAGUUAAGGCCUUUUUUUUCUUUUUUAACUACAAUAGAUUAUAUUUUUUAUUAUAGUAUAUUUUUGUGUGAUACAGACGGGUAAAGAGGAAGUGUGUGAUCAGCACCGUGUUGCUGCCUCUAGCAGUGAACUCCUCUUCACCUCUGUCUGGUGUGUUUUUUGUAAUUCAGCUCCAUGCGUUAUACACUGCCAAACAACAAGGGAGAGGCUUCUAUUGUUAUUUCUUUCAUCGGUGCUCUCGCUGGUUUGGUCUUGACUUAUUCUCCCACCUUUCUUUGUUGGUGGCGUCCUCUCCUGUGUAUACUACCCUUUUGGCUACUUUGUGAGCAGGAGAGCAGGACUGUGUGAUGCACUCUGUUUUUUAAUGGUCUGUCACGACCUCGGAUAUGAAGACAAAUCUAAAAGGAAUGGCCUGUAGGGAUUAGGACCAUCUUACCGAUUGAUUAGCAGGGGUUUUGCUGUGCUUGGAAAAAGCUGUAAUUCAGUUAUUUAACUAAGCUGGAUUGUCAAGAAUCAUAAAGGUAUAAAUUCAGCCGACAGAACUUUGAGUAGGCUAUCAUCACAAGAAGGCUUCAGAGACUGCAAUUCACCUGCAUUACUCCAAAUAAAGUGUGGGUAAAGCCUUAGUAGCCCUCUCCCUCUUCCCCAUAACUUUAUAAUCUUUCCCCCUGAGCUGAGUGGACCAACACGUCCGCGCUUGCUCAACUCGCUGAUACAGAAUCUUACAGUGUGUGUGUGUGUGUGUGUGUGUGUGUGUGUGUUAGAAUAGCUCUGUCUUGGGAAUAUCCCUAGUUUAUCCCGAGAGAUUAGGCCGCUUAAACCCGAGGCGUGAGGGCACGUUGCUUCCUUGACCACCUUGAAUUAUACAAGCAGAGAGGUUACCGCUCUGCCGGCAAGUUCUAUUAGGAGGGACCCCGACCUUGACGAACCCACUCUUCCUACCUGCUUCCUGCUUCCCCCUAGAUGUUUUCCUCUAAACAGAGCAAGAGUAAACUGCAGAAGAUUACCAAAGACCAGAUUUCCACGCUUACGCUGCCAACUGCCAUCAAAAACAAGCAGAGAGAAACAGGUUAUUCAAACGGUCCUGGUCUGUUUUUAAAUAGCUCACCCCCUUAUGGAAUCUAUCCACGAUUACAGGAGCUGUUAAGUAUUGCACACUAUUUAUAUAGUGUGUCAGUUUGGCUUGGGAGUGUGCCAUUAUGCAAGUUAAACCAAAACAAAACCGCAUACUUCAAAUCUCGACCACAGUCUCCCCAGGUCUGAAGGGCCUCUGUAAAAAGGUUUCCAGACACAUGAUCCUAUGACUAAUAAUAGCACAACUCUUCUUUUUUCUGUCUCCAUAGUGCUGCCGAGUUUUAAAAUGAAAAGAAAUGAAAACAAACUACAGCUAUUAGACAUAAUUCAAGAAAAAAAUGUAAAAAACCUGCAUUGUUUGGUGUUGUAAUACGGGGUGUUUUGGGGGGUAGGGGGUCCUAUAUCCUCAGGUUGAAGGUAUAAGCAAUUUACCAAAAUAUAUACGAGGACAAAAACUAUAUAAGCAAAGUAUAAAAUUAGAUUUUUUGGGCAAUAGAAAAAUCCUUUCGUAAAGGUGGUCCUUUUAGCCAUGCUGCAGGAGUGAACCAUGGUGAACUGAGGAGAAAUAACACUAACUGAUUGGGGUAGGACUUCUGUGUUAUCCAUGAGUCCAGUUGUUGUCCUGUGAGUGCUCAACCAAUUUGGUCACGAUGGUGAAAAAGAAGCGAGUGCUCUCUUUUUUCCCCUGUUGCUUGAUUGUCUGCAGGAGAAAAAGUGUGCACACGUUUUACCACCGUGGCACUUGCUCCCGUUGUGAUUCAAUAAUUUCGGCGGGAUUGGGGAACACGAGUCGAUGGAGAAUAUUGUCUGAAGGGCCAACCUGGAGAAUUGUUCAGUGAUCUCAACUGCGUUCUGGUCAUUUGGUGGUGAUGCAAAGUUGCCGACAAGGCGGGGGGAAUUGUUCAGACCGUUUUCCAGGUUUGAAUCACAAAGGAUGAGCUUGUGAUUCAGUUGUGGAAGGAACCACGCAGAGAAUGAAACACAACAUCCAAAACUUCAACAUGUGAUACGUACAAAGUAGGGGAUUGAUCCCUAACGCUUGCCGUCACCACCAAACGAGAUGAACGCAGCAAAGAGGAGGGACCCUUAUGAGUCACUGAACGUUCACAGGAUGGCCACAAACACAAUAUUCAACUUCACAUAUGUCAACAUGUUUUAUUUUGAACCAAUUUUUUUUUUUUUUUUUUUCUUCUUUUCCAUCAAUUUAGUAAUAACUCCAGAUGUCACUGAAUUGUUUGUGUGUAAGCACUGAUGGGUAAAGGUAAAGAAAAUGGGAAGUUAAUGGGGGGAGAAAAAAAAGAAGUAUUUUUACCUUCAAUGUCCAGAAUGCUUAGAAUGAUUCUACAGUUUACAUCAGAUUGCUGUUUGUAUCUAUCUAUGAGAUAUAUUUUUUGUUGAAAUCCGUUUAUUUUUGAGGAAAGAUUUUGAUUUCUCUUUGGGGCUCCUGAGAUGAAGGUCCAUAUUGCCCCUGGUCAUCUGGCCUUACAGGAGGGAUAGGACGGGAGGAUCACGGGCAAUGUACUCAGUUUUCUUUUCUUUCUUUUACCUUUGCUUUUAUUUAUUGAUAGAUUUAUUGUGCCGUCAUUUGGUAUGGGAUUAGUAACUACACAAGGUUGACUCAACGUAAAGGGGAGGAGACUGAAUGAAAAAUUAAAGUACAUAAAAUAAUUGUAGUGUAAAUCUAUCAAUGUCUUAUUAUAUUGAUGAACAUCAUGAAAUAUAUGUAUAUUGGAAAAACAGUAUCUAUGACAACUUGUACUUUUGUGUGUGCUUCAUGUGCU